AUGUCGGAUCCGGCUACCUACACGGUCGGCUGGAUUUGUGCAAUACCAACCGAAAGCGUCGCUGCGCGCCAGUUCCUCGACGAAGAGCACGAUCCACCCAGCCAUGUAUCUCAGCAUGACAACAACGUCUACACACUGGGCAGGAUCGGCCAGCAUCGAGUUGUCGUUGCAGUGUUGCCUAAGGGCGAGUACGGCACCACUUCUGCUGCGAGCGUCGCAAGGGAUAUGCUGCACAGCUUUCCAAAUGUCAGAAUCGGCCUCAUGGUCGGUAUUGGUGGCGGUGCUCCCAGCAAGAAGCACGACAUCAGACUCGGUGAUGUCGUGGUCAGCUCUCCUCAGGAUGGCCGGGGCGGGGUCUUGCAAUACGACUACGGCAAAGCGAUUCAGGGCCACGGCUUCCAACACUCUGGAUUCCUCAAUCAACCACAACCUCUUCUGCGUGCAGCAGUUGGCGACCUUGAAGGCCGCUACCUGACGGAUGGCAAUCAAAUCCACGAGAACAUUCAGUCCAUCCUUGCCAAGAAGAAAAAAAUGAAGCGAUUGUUCCAAAGGCCCGAGCUCAGCACUGACCGGCUGUACCUGUCAACAUUCGUUCACACCGAUAGCGACAAAAGCUGCGAAGAGAUCUGCAACGGGGACGAGGGAUUCGAGGUAGAUCAUUGCGAAAGGCUGGUGAAGCGGAACGAACGAAGUGAGGAUGAGGAUAGCCCGGCAGUCCACUACGGCCUGAUCGCUUCCGCCAACACCCUGAUGAAGAACGCCGAGAUCCGAGAUUCACUUGCAGAGGCUCAUGGUGUGCUUUGUUUUGAGAUGGAAGCUGCAGGGUUGAUGAAUCAUUUUCCGUGCUUGGUCAUCAGAGGCAUCUGCGACUAUUCGGACUCCCACAAGAACAAAGAUUGGCAAGGUUAUGCAGCUAUGACAGCAGCUGCAUACGCUAGGGAUCUUUUGGGUCGCAUUCCACCGACACGGAUCGAAGCGGAGAAGAGACUCAGCGAGAUUCUUUCUACCUUCGAAGAGAAGCUUAACGGCAUCUCUAUUGCUACACAAGAAACGAACGACGUUGUGAAUAAUUCCCACGUUGAGCACCACCGAGGCAAAAUCAAUGCCUGGCUCUCCCCCCCAGAUCCGUCAACAAACUACAACAAGGCCCUAAAGCAACGACACGAAGGCUCGGGCCGAUGGUUCCUUCAGAGGCCGGAGUAUUCAGACUGGAAGACUGAGAGAAACUCGUUUCUGUGGCUCCAUGGCAUUCCUGGAUGUGGAAAGACAGUUCUUAGCUCUACCAUCGUUGAGGACCUAGAGAAGAACAAAGUCUGCUCCCCGCUCUACUUCUACUUUUAUUUCAACGACGCCAGCAAGCAGAGUCUUGAGAAUGCAGUCCGAUCACUCAUAAACCAGUUGUACGGCAAGAGGGGUGAUGUCGAAAGACACAUAGACUCACUCUACUCCUCUUGCAAAAAUGGAGCGCGGCAGCCAAGCAUCCACUCUCUAUGCAAGACCUUCCAAGACAUGGUUCAACAGGCUGGUGAAGUCUGGAUCAUCCUCGAUGCGCUUGAUGAGUGUCAGACGCGGAAGGGGCACUCAGCCGAGGGAUUGCUAUCGUGGAUAGAGAACAUCCGAAGCUCUCAGGAGAGGAAUGUUCACAUUCUCGCUACGAGCCGGCCGGAACAGGACAUCAAAUCGGCUACCGAGAGGUGGGCCCGGAAGAAAGACAUCAUUCCAAUUCAGAGUGACCUGGUUGCGGAAGACAUACGUGCAUAUAUCCAUACAAAGGUCAAGGAGAACGAUGGCCUGAGCAGGUGGAAAACGAGGCCGGAUGUUCAGGGUGAGAUUGAGUCUGCUUUGACGCAGAAGGCUCAUGGGAUGUUCCGUUGGGUUUCCUGUCAACUCGACGUUCUUGAGAAUUGUCUCGAUUACUCAGACCUGUCAGAAGCACUCAGUUCUCUACCAGAAACAUUGGAUGAGACGUAUGCCCGGAUCCUUGAGAAUAUCCCAGCAAGGUACAAGGACAAGACGACAAGAAUCUUGCAGUUCUUGACUUUCUCAGAGCGGCCUCUGCGAAUUGAAGAAGCUGUUGAUGUUGUUGCGUUCCAGAGGAGAUCCUGA